CUGAAUUUACUUCCGGAAACCAGCGUCAAAUAGUCUGGUCAAAAAUACUGCUGAUCCAUUUUAUUUGGAAAGGAUACAGGCAGCAUCCAAGACCUCAAAGGCACUAGUUGACAUCCAAGCUUUUCCAAGUUCCCCCUCAGCCCAUCCAUCUCAGGCAGCCCAACCCAGCCCAGGCCAGCCCAGCCCAGCGUCGUCAUGUCAGGCCCCAGGAGAGACAGUGAUCUGGAGUCGGACCACGCAGUAGACUGGUCCAUGAUGGACAUGCGGCUGGACUCGUUCCGGGGUUCCCCCCUGGCCCAGCAGGUGUCAGCGGAGAGGUUGGCCCGCGCUGGGUUCUACUUCACAGGACAGGCCGACAAGGUGCGCUGCUUCAGCUGCCACAAGACUGUAGAGAACUGGUGUGGAGGGGACACACCCGUGGAGAGGCACGCAGAGGUCUCCCCCACUUGUAAGUUCCUGAGCUGCACCCAUCGUUCCAGGGUUAACUCUCUUCAAGGUGCCAUGCUGACCAACGAACCCCCCUACAACGAAGACGCUGAGGACAUGGAGUUCCGCCUGAGGACGGGAGAGGUGGUGGAUGAUACCACCUACCCCAUGGCCCCGCACAUGGCCAGCGAAGACUCCCGGUUCAACACCUUCGGCCCGUGGCCCUCCACAUCCCCGGUCCGGCCUAGAGAGCUGGCCCAGGCAGGGCUCUUCUAUCUGGGGGAGAGCGACCGGGUGCAGUGCUUCUGCUGUGGAGGGAUGCUGGGCGGCUGGGCGCCCGGGGACACGCCGUGGGGGGAGCACUCCAAACACUUCCCCUACUGCUUCUUCAUCCUGGGGCAUGAUGUGGGGAACCUCCCCUCUCAGGGGGGGAGAGAGGGAGAGGUAGGGGAGACCAAGUCAUGCCCAGGUUCUCAGGGCCCCAUGCAGAGCUUUGAGGAGAGGCUAGGCAGCUUUGCAGGAAUCCAGCACCCUAUUGACCACGAGAGGCUGGCCAGAGCAGGCUUCUACAACACAGGAGCUACAGACCGUGUGGUGUGUUUCUGCUGUGGUGGAGGUCUGAAGGGCUGGCAGCAGAACGAGGAUCCCUGGGAGGAGCACGCCAAACACUAUCCUGGGUGCAGUUUUCUGCUGGCAGAGAAAGGACAAGAGUUUGUCAGCAGCGUUCAGCUACAAGGUCCUGGCUGGAACAAUUCUGCUUCAAGUCACCUAAAUGGAUGUUCAAGUCAUGAGACAGGGGUGCUGCGGUCAGCCAUGGCCCAGAGGGCGGUAGAGAUGGGCCUGGAGCCUGCCCUGGUAGAGAGGACUAUACUGGCGAGGAUACGCAGGGCUGGGACAGGCCACUCCACCUUGGAGACCCUGCUGCAGGACUGCUUUAACAGAGGCCCUGACAGUGAUGCAGAGACAUUCGAGAACAAUGAUGAGGAUCCCCUUGAGAAGCUACGGAAGCUGCAGAGGGAGAAGCAGUGCAAAGUGUGUAUGGACAGAGACAUCUGCAUCGUCUUCAUCCCCUGUGGGCAUCUGGUCGUCUGCAAGGAGUGUUCCGAGGCCCUCGACAAGUGUCCCAUCUGCUGUGGCGCCAUCGCCCAGAAGAUAAAGACAUACAUCUCCUAACAUGCAACCUGGUGUCAGGGAUUGUAUUCAUAAAGCGUCUGAGUGCUGACCUAGGAUCAGGUCCCAUCUCAUACUCAUUAUGAUUUAAAAGGCAAAAGUGAUCCUAGAUUAGCAAUCCUACUGUGAGAUGCUUAAUGAUUGUGGGCACAGGAGGAUAACUAUUUUUUUUAAAUGGCAAUGCUGCUUUACCUUCUCAAUUAUUUUAUAAACGCAUGCUUUCCUACUACAAAAUGUACAUAGAGAGAUAUAUUUGAGGAGGAACACUGUAAAUAUGGAUAAGAGAAUCAUGGAAAUUGUGGGGAUUUUAUUUUCCAAUGAUUGUUGUAAAGAUAAUGACACACUUCCUUGUUAUGCGAUGUAUCAGUGAGGUGCACACUACAAUACCCAAGAGGAAAUGGGCCUCUGUUGAAUCUUCAUACCAAGAUGGGAAACCAAGGUUGAGACUAGAUGGAGUACAGCUACGGACAGAAUUGACUUUACGCAGCAGGUUAGGAAAAUAAGGUAAAGGGUUAGAUACUUUUUGUCAAUGGCUGAACUCCAUCUACCCACAGUUCUGAUACUUAUAUUAUUUUUAAAUUUUAGUCAUUUAGUAGACGCUCUUAUCCAGAGCGACUUACAGUAGUGAGUGCAUACCUUUUCA